AAGUUGGGCUUAUUUCUAAUAUUUAGAACAGCUCUUGUUUUAAAGAAAUUUUAUAUAGAGCGAAGUUACCCGGAUAUUAUUAUAACAUCGUGGCUGAAGGUAAUAAGAUAAGCAAAUGUUAGCUUUAACUUGACGGUACGAUCUUUGGAGUUUAUGAGAGAGUGAAUAUCCUGUUAAAGGUAUUUAUUUAAAUUAUAGAAGUAAGGGACUUUUAUUAAAUAAGGCACUGUGGAUAUUUCACACGCACCUACUCUAUGAGGAGUAAUUUUGAUAUCCCCUAAAUUGAAUUUUUUCCUUUAGGAGCUCUAAUAGAAUCUACAGAGGUUGUUCAUUAGCAAUGGGAUUAACUUCAAGACUUGACAAAUUGAAGAUAAAAGGAGGAAGUGAUGUAGAUGUACCUUCUGGAAAUCAACAUCAAUUAUCAGAAAAUACAGAUGAUAUUGAUGAGGUUGACAAUGAGGGCCAGUCAAUACUAAUGGGUAUUAUUGCUCAAUUGAGACCGGGAAUGGAUUUGUCUAAGAUCACGCUUCCAACUUUUAUAUUAGAGAAGAAGUCAAUGUUGGAAAGAAUAACAAACUUCUUUCAAAUUCCUGAUAUUUUAUUAGAAGCUAACAAAACGGAAGACGAUCUUAAAAGAUUUGUAACUAUUUUGAAGUGGUAUUUAGCAAGUUGGCACAUUUCACCGAAGGCCGUAAAAAAACCUUUAAAUCCUGUUUUAGGAGAGAUAUUUACAUGUUAUUGGGACAAUUUGCCCUCUGGAAACACAGCAUACUAUCUUGCGGAGCAGACAUCACACCAUCCUCCGAAGUCUUCAUAUUUUUAUUUAGUUCCCGAACUGAAGAUACGAGUUGAUGGAGUAGUAGUACCAAAGUCUAGAUUCUUGGGAAACUCAUCAGCUGCUAUCAUGGAAGGAUGGGGCCAUGUUACAUUGGGAGAACAUGCAGAUGAGGUAUAUAUUAUGAAUCAGCCAAAUGUAUACUGCAGAGGUAUUCUUUUUGGUAAGAUGAGAAUGGAAUUGGGUGAUCACAUGUAUCUUAAGUGUGCAAAAACCGGCUUCGAAGCAGACAUUGAAUUCAAAACGAAAGGUUUUAUAAGUGGAACUUACGAUGCAAUUGAAGGGAAAAUUAAAAACUCCAAAACUCAAGAGGAAUUGUUUCAAAUUAGUGGCAAGUGGAACGAAGAAAUGUACAUCAGAGAUUCAGCAACUGGUAAAAAGACAGUAUUAUUUGAUACUGCUAAGGCAAUUACAGUUAAACCCAAAGUGAGGCCAACAGCAGAGCAAUUUGACUAUGAGUCUCGUAAGUUAUGGGGACCAACUAUUAAAGCUUUAGCUAAGAGAGAUCAUACAUUAGCUACUGAAGAGAAAUUUAAAGUAGAGAAUGACCAAAGAGAGAGGGCCAAAAAGAGAAUUGAAGACGGUGUAGAAUUCCAUCCCAAAUUGUUUAGAGCAAUUGGAGAUCAUGAAAAAGAUAUUGCUGAUCUCGAAUAUAUUAUUUACAAGAAGUUUAACUUAGACUCCAGUGCUGAUGACCUCACUAAUGCAGUGUUGGACACGGCCCCAAUAUUACCUGGCCAAGAAUUUAAUGACAAGUUUCAUAUACCAGCUUUCAAGAAAGGAGGAGAAAGCUAAGCUUCUAGAUUAUCUAUUUAUAUACAGUUUUUAGUUUUUGUUCAGAUACAUAUUUUAUAAAUUAAUACGCUUGUUGAUUUUUACA